AAAAAAAAAACAAAAAAAAACUGCUUUACUCUUUUGUAACGGGUGACUGUAGAGUACUCACAGCUCAUCUACUACAACUACAAGCGUAGCGUGAAAGCAAAAAGAGAGGAAUGGCUACUACAAACAGUUCCACAUUUAAGAUAAUAUUGGGUUCAUCAUCCAUGGCCCGCAGACAAAUUUUGGCCGAGAUGGGAUUUGAGUUUACAGUGAUGAUUGCAGACAUAGAUGAGAAAGAGCUUAGGAGGGAAAAGCCAGAAGAUUUGGUAAUGGCUCUAGCUGAAGCAAAGGCAGAUGCCAUUUUAUCAAGGCUCCAACAUGCUAGUCAAUUUGAAGAGGAUGCUCGUGCAACACUGUUAAUUACUGCAGAUACAGUGGUGGUGUAUGAAGGGAUAAUCCGGGAAAAACCAUCCAGCAAGGAAGAAGCACGGGAGUUUAUCAAAGGAUAUUCUGGUGGUCAAGCAGCAGUGGUAGGAUCUGUUCUUGUAACCAAUCUUAAGACUGGAAAAAGAAAAGGUGGAUGGGAAAGAGCAGAGGUUUAUUUUUAUAACAUACCAGAUGACAUAAUUGAUAUCCUGAUUGAGGAGGCAAUUACACUCAAUGUUGCUGGGGGUUUGAUGCUGGAACAUCCACUUAUAUCGCCUUUUGUGGAAGCAGUGGUCAGCUGAGCUCUUUCUCUGUCUCUAUCUCUCCUUUACACACACACUUACUUGCACAUGCAUGCACAGACUUCAUUCAGAAUAUCUGUUUUUGGGCAUCAUACAACUAUGGACGCCAAGUGACUCAUGAACCAGGCUAUUCUAUUCUUUUUGGCACCUAAGCCACUCCUAAGAACGUACCAGACCACUGGUUCCUAUCCCCAGUUGAAAACCUUAUUCCUUUUGCUCUGUCAAAGAUUUUUAAAAAUGUGUUUUUUAUUUGGCAUGUUCUUCUCAAGUCAACAAACAAAUGGAGUUUUUGCUAUGCUCUCUCGUUUAUCAUGCAUUGGCACCUCUAUCUAACGUUCUUGGUUUGCUCUAUCAGGAGGCUUAAAGUUUUGAAUUUCUGAGUUGAUUAUAAUAUGCAACUAUGCAGGGGGUUUGAUGCCUUAAAUUAUUUCCCCUUGCCAAAUGCUAGGAGUUGAGACUUGCCUUUCUGCAAUUCUUCUGAGAUUAACUAAGGAUUGAUGUU